GAGGUCGUUUGGUGUGUCGGUUGCGUUGCUUGUAGUUGACUGUGUUGUUUUUGUUUGUGUUGCGAUAUGGUGUCAAGUGUUAGUGCUGUGUAUAAACUUUCUCCGCUGUCAGUCAGCCACUCAUACUAGGCUGUGCACUUGGAUUUCCUGUCUUCAACGACAGUGAACACCUUAAAGAACACAACUGGUCGACCAGGCAUUGACAAUGAUUUGGUAAAUGUGGCCAAGAUACUUAUUGAGGAAAUACUAAGAAAUUCUAUGAUAUUUACGAGAUGACAACUUACAACAGGUUCAUCCAACAUCUCAUUAUGAAUGGUUCAGGAAAAUCCAACGUGUAUUGGAAGCUGGAUGUAGACAGUGGAGGCAUGGCAAGUCCUUCUCCUCAGCCAUCUCCAAUGCCCCCACCUCAGACACCUUCACCUAUGGGUCCUCCCCAGCAAUCUCCUUCCCCUAUGCCAUCUCCAUCAGGUAUGGCUCCUCCUCAAGCCCCUUCGCCAAUGGGCCCUCCACAGCACCACUCCCAUAGUCCAACAGGCUACAGUCAAGGACCUCCACCUGGAAUUAUGCAUAUGAAUGGCCCUUCUGCAAUGCAGCAGGGUACUCAGACAUUCCAACAGCAUACCAUGGUUCCACAGUCAUUUGGUGGCCAGCCUGAUGCACAGAAGCCAGCUCCGCAACAUUCAUUUUCUCCUGGCCAAUUGCAACAACUCCGUGUGCAGAUUAUGGCAUAUAGAUUGUUGGUACGGAAUCAGCCACUCUCACAGCAGUUGGCACUUGCAGUGCAGGGCAAGCGACUUGAUACUCCAGUACCACACCCCACGCAGUGUCCCACACCUCCAUCACCAUUUCAGCAACAGCAACAGUCACGUUCUCUUCAGAUGCAGCCACCACCGCCUGAUAGUGGAGUAUCCGUAUGUCCUCCUCCAUCCCCAUCACCAAUGCCGGCACAAAUGGCACCCCCAACAUGUCCAUCAGCGUCUCAACAGAAGCCAUUAAUGCCCCCACGCUUGGGCACACCUGCCCCUCAGGCCCCACCACCCCAAACUCAGCGACCUCAGAUGGCACCACAGCAGCCUCCACAUAAUCAUCAGCAAGCAGCAGUAACAGCAGUGCCACCACCACCACCUCCGCUGCAGCAACAGCAAAUGCAGCAACAACAGCAACAACCACCACCACAACAGCAACAACAGCAACCGCCGCAGCAGCAGCAACAACAACAGCCACAGCAGCAACAACAACAGCAGCAGCAACAACCACAGCAGCAGCAGCAGCAACAUUGUGGCCCUGGAGGUCAGCAGAAGCAAAACAGGGUCACAUCGGUACCACGACCGGUGGGCAUUGAUCCACUGCUUGUCCUUUCUGAGCGUGAGAACAGGGUAGCAAAUCAAAUAUACAUGCGUAUACAACAGCUCAUCAACUUGCCACAAGAUUUGCCAGAGGAAAUUAAAAUAAAGGCAGAAAUUGAGUUGCGUGCAUUACGAGUUUUAAAUUUUCAGAGACAAUUGAGAAGUGAGAUACUUGCUGCCACUAGAAGGGACACUACUCUUGAGACUGCACAGAUAAUGAAGAUGUACAAACGUACCAAAAGACAAGGUUUGCGGGAGGCACGAGCAACAGAGAAACUGGAAAAACAACAAAAAUUGGAAGCAGAGCGGAAGCGAAGGCAGAAACAUCAGGAGUUCCUCAUAUCUGUCUUGCAACAUGGAAAGGAUUUCAAAGAGUACCAUCGAAAUAAUGUAGCAAAAAUAGCAAGACUUAACAAAGCUGUCCUAAAUUACCAUGCUAAUGCUGAACGGGAACAGAAGAAAGAGCAAGAACGCAUUGAGAAGGAACGUAUGCGUCGCUUAAUGGCUGAAGAUGAGGAAGGAUAUCGGAAACUAAUUGACCAAAAAAAGGAUAAACGAUUAGCAUUCUUGCUGUCACAGACAGAUGAAUACAUUGGAAAUUUAACCGAAAUGGUUAAGCAACAUAAAAUAGAGCAGAAACGAAAACAGCAAGAAAUGAAACAGAAGAAGAAAAAGAAAAGGAAGAAGAAGAAGAAGAAAAAUGCAGAAGGAGAAGGUGACACACUAGAAGGUCAGACUGAUGAAAACUCUCAAUCAUCUGAUACUCGUGUCACUGUCAUUGAAACUUCUAGUGGAAAACAGCUCAGUGGAGAAGAAGCUCCUUUAGAAAGCCAACUUCAGGCAUGGUUGGAGGCACAUCCAGGCUGGGAAGCUGUGCCACAAGAAGAUGAUGAGGAGGAUGAAGAAGAUGGAGAUGAAGAAGAUGAUGAUGAUGAAGACAACUCUGAUGAUUCAGAUGAUGAAGACCAAGAAUUUUCUGCCAACAGUAAAGAUGACAGUUCUGAUCCUACUAAAUCAGAUGCAGAUAAAGCAAGGGAAGUAAUAAAGAAAGCUAAAGUUGAGGAUGAUGAAUACAAAUCAUCAACAGAGGAACAGACUUACUACAGCAUUGCCCACACCAUCAAUGAAAUUGUGACUGAACAGGCAACUAUUUUAGUUAAUGGAAAACUGAAGGAAUACCAGAUAAAAGGACUGGAGUGGCUGGUGUCUCUGUACAACAACAAUCUGAAUGGAAUUCUUGCAGAUGAGAUGGGUCUUGGAAAAACUAUUCAGACAAUUGCACUUAUCACCUACCUAAUGGAACGCAAGAAAGUCAAUGGGCCAUUUUUGAUUAUUGUCCCAUUGUCGACGUUAUCAAACUGGGUGCUGGAGUUCGAGAAGUGGGCACCGUCUGUUAUUGUUGUUGCCUAUAAAGGUUCUCCUGCUAUGCGUCGUCAGAUCCAGAGCCAGAUGCGGUCAACAAAGUUUAACGUGCUACUCACGACUUAUGAAUAUGUCAUCAAAGAUAAGGGGAUGCUUGCAAAAUUACAUUGGAAAUACAUGGUCAUUGAUGAAGGCCAUCGCAUGAAAAAUCAUCACUGCAAGUUAACACAGGUUUUGAACACUCAUUAUGUUGCCACUCACCGUCUGCUCCUUACUGGCACACCUCUUCAGAACAAGUUGCCUGAACUUUGGGCAUUGCUGAACUUUUUACUUCCCUCUAUAUUCAAAUCCUGCAGUACAUUUGAACAGUGGUUCAAUGCACCAUUUGCUACAACUGGAGAAAAGGUGGAGUUAAAUGAGGAGGAGACAAUACUGAUCAUAAGACGUCUUCACAAGGUUUUACGGCCCUUUCUUCUGCGACGUUUGAAGAAAGAAGUAGAGUCUCAGUUACCAGAUAAAGUGGAGUACAUUGUUAAAUGUGAUAUGUCCGGCUUGCAGCGUGUGUUGUACAGGCACAUGCAGAGCAAAGGUGUCUUAUUGACUGAUGGUUCAGAAAAAGGAAAGCAAGGAAAGGGAGGAGCUAAGGCCCUGAUGAACACUAUUGUCCAGCUGCGAAAACUUUGCAACCAUCCUUUCAUGUUCCAGCAUAUUGAAGAAAAAUACUGUGACCAUGUAGGAAGUCAGACAGGUGUUGUGACAGGGCCGGAUUUAUAUCGAGCUUCUGGGAAGUUUGAGUUGCUGGAUCGUAUCCUACCAAAAUUGAAGGCUACAAAUCACCGUGUAUUGCUGUUCUGCCAAAUGACUCAACUAAUGACUAUUAUGGAGGAUUAUCUGAGCUGGCGUGGUUUCACAUAUCUGCGUUUAGAUGGAACAACAAAAGCUGAAGAUCGUGGUGAAUUGCUCAGAAAGUUCAAUAGUCCAGAUUCAGAAUUUUUCCUGUUUUUGUUGAGCACCAGAGCUGGUGGUUUGGGUUUGAACCUUCAGGCUGCAGAUACUGUAAUUAUAUUUGACUCUGACUGGAAUCCUCACCAGGAUCUCCAAGCCCAAGACCGAGCACAUCGAAUUGGGCAGCAGAAUGAAGUACGUGUGCUGCGUCUAAUGACAGUGAACUCUGUUGAAGAACGUAUUUUGGCAGCGGCUCGUUACAAACUGAAUAUGGAUGAGAAAGUGAUACAGGCUGGCAUGUUUGAUCAAAAAUCAACUGGUUCUGAGAGACAGCAGUUUCUACAGAGUAUUCUUCACCAGGAUGAAGCUGAGGAAGAGGAGGAAAAUGAAGUUCCAGAUGAUGAUUCUGUCAACCACAUGAUUGCUCGAAAUGCUGAUGAACUAGCAUUAUUUCAUCGCAUGGACCUGGAACGCAGACGAGAAGAGGCAAAACUUGGUCCAAAUCGCAAAUCUCGUUUAGUGGAAGAAGCUGAAUUGCCUGAUUGGUUAGUGAAGGAUGAUGAUGAGACAUGGGAUCAAGCAGUCAGCGGGCAUGCAGGCAGCCUGUGCUCCCAUAGUGUGGCAAAGCGCACAGGAGUGAGAGGACCUUGCAUGUAUAAAGUGGAGAGGUGGACAUUUGAAGAGGAGGAAGAAGAUCGUUAUUUAGGCCGAGGGUCUCGCCAAAGAAAAGAAGUUGACUACAGUGACAGUUUGACAGAAAAAGAAUGGCUGAAGGCAAUUGAUGAAGGUGGAGAAGAAUUUGAAGAAGAGGAAGAGGAAGAGGAGGAGAAGCUGAAAAAAAGGACACGUAAGAGACGAAGAAAAGUGGAAGAGGAAGAAGAGGAAGAGUCCAUACCUAUCCAGCCAAAGAAGCGUAAAUCUUCAUCUGUGUCAUGCGCUGUUGACCCACAGCUUAAACGACGGAUGCGAAAACUUAUGAAUAUUGUCAUCAAAUACACUGACAGUGAUGGCCGUGUGCUCAGUGAUCCAUUCAUGAAACUUCCUUCACGGCGAGAAUUGCCCGAUUAUUAUGAAAUAAUCAAGAAACCUUUGGAUAUCAAGAAAAUUCUUCAGAGAAUUGAUGAAAAUAAGUUUAGUGACUUUGAUGAACUGGAAAAAGAGUUUAUGACAUUAUGUAAGAACGCCCAAACAUACAAUGAAGAAGCAUCUUUGAUUCAUGAGGAUUCAAUAGUUCUACAAUCUGUAUUUACAAAUGCAAGGCAGAGACUAGAACAUGAAGGUGAAUCUGAAGAAGAGGAAAGAGCACGAGAAGUUCCUGAGGAAGAAGUAAUAUCCGAUGCAGAUUCGUCUGUUAAAAUGAAGAUAAAACUGAAGAAUACUACUCGCAAAACUGAAGUUCAGGCUCGAACAUCAGGUAGAAGAAAACGUAGUUCACGUAAGUAUGUGAGUGAUGAAGAAGAAGAAGAAGAAGUGUCGUCUGUUUAAAUGUGGUAUCUUUAGCCUUUAUGUUGUAGCUCAUUUAUGGAUGUUCAUCACAGUUCCAAGUACUGCAUGUAAGAAUAUUUGUUUGCCAUCCCAGUUAUUUUUAGAUAGUGUAUGGCAGGAAUGUCACCCAGUAUUAUAAAAAGUGGAAACUUAUAAUGCCAGAUAUUGCUUUGUGAACCUUUCUGUCUUUUGUAAAAUUAUUUACAUUAAAAAGCUUAUAUUCUGAUUGAGUUUUGUUCUUUUUGGUUAAAACUUUGAUUUGUGAAAAUUUAUUUGCUGUUAAUAAAAACUGCAUUGGCUUCAUAGCAGAUUUUAAUUUGCAUCAUUUUUGGUUGUAUAACUUGAAUACCAAUCAAAAAAUACAUUUUUGUGCUGUAUAUUAGUCUUGCAACUGUUCUUUUUUAUGUUUUAAUUGCAUUUGUUGUUAUGGUUCUUCAUUCUCUGCUUAUUUAAAAGAUUGCUUUUGUUUUGGAAGUAAUUAUAACAAAAGAAAAUAAUUUUAUGCCUAAUGUAGUUGUGUGAAAUAAUACUAUGUAAAUUCGUUGGCAUAGUGAAGGUGUCUGUGAUAUUAUGAAAAGAAGAAUCUGUGUAGCUUGAAAAAAAUUAAUAAUACAUUUCAAGCUUCCUAAAUUUUGUUUCUUCUGUGCUUUACACUGUUAUGUACUCUUUGAAAAUGAGAAUAACAGUGUGAUCUGUACCCCUCGGCUACAAAUAUAGUUUGAACUUCAACUCAGUCACUUUGCUAUAUGCUGCUAUCAUGUUUCAUGUUUCAAUGUCUUGUGGGAAAAGUGAUGUGUUUCCCGGGGAACAAGAUUUGGACUAAUAAAUAAUAAUUUGAACCAAAUAUACAAAACCACUUAGAAGUAAAAAAUAAGUACUCCAUA